ACGAACAAGCAGAAGAUAUGGCCAAACUUGAAAAUAUUGCUUGUACUAUUAAAUUAACCUUCAAUGGCGCUUCUAUCUGCUUCUGCUCUCAAGAUUGUUUCUCUUUCAUCAGUCUCUCGUUGUUUUCUUCCUCGUAACGAUCCUACCACCUUUUCUUCAUCGCCAUCGCAAUCGUCCAAACACACGAGAAACUCUUUCAACUGCUCCUUUCGCCUUUCAUAUCGAUUUUCUGCUGUGGAAGACGAUGAUGAUACCGGGAACAAUUGCAGCUUUGACGAAGCAAUCGCGCUCUUCAACGACAGAGAAUACUAUAAAUGCCAUGACUUUCUUGAAGCUCUCUGGAACAAGGCUCAAGAGCCUACCAGAACUCUGAUUCAUGGCAUUCUACAAUGUGCUGUGGGAUUUCAUCACCUCUUUAAUCAGAACCAUAGAGGAGCCAUGAUGGAGCUGGGAGAGGGACUGUGUAAGCUAAGAAAGAUGAAUUUUGAGAGCGGACCAUUUCAUCAGUUUGAGCAAGAGAUUUCUGCAGCUCUGGAUUUUAUUUACCAGACCCAGAUUGAAUUAGCUGCAUGCACUGAUGACCUUUGUCUUGCAAUGGAUCAAUCAGAGAGGUCGUACCAACUUCUUGGGAGCUACGGUGCUGGACAACAUCUUUAUAGCCUACAAAGUGACCCUGAUCAAAUAAUGUACAUUGUGUUUUGCCCUCAGAGGUCUUAUGCUGCCAGUACGCCACCAAAGGUGAAGCUUCCGCUCCUUAAUGCAACCAAAGAACACCUUGUGGCCUUUGAGUACAAGUGAUUUUAUGCUGAAUGCAACUCUUUGUUGUUAUUUAUUGGAUCAAUUUGAUCUAUUAUGUGUAUAUAUAUGUGCGUGUGUCAGUGUAUCAUAAAUAAUGACAUAAUGAAGUGGCAUUAACAAAUGGGUGUGGGUAUACCAUGUCUGUAAUGUUAAAUAAAAUUGCUCUCUUUACCUCCAA